UCUAAACAGAUUGACAGUUCAACCAUUCUGGUCAUAAUGUGUUUUCAUUGCCUUUAAAAUAUUUUAAAAACACAAAUCAUACAUAUUAAGUCUGUAUAAAUGUAUAACAGUGUGUUAUUUGACUUAUAAUAUACGCCAUGGAGAGAUUUUACACAUGCAGUUGCUUUUUCACAGACAAUAUUUUUCUUGAAGAAUACAAACUUCAUGUUCGUUUCGUCUCAGAGAACCAGUUUAGGAAGGACUAUCAAAAUAUCCUCAGAUCCCUGGGUUGUGAGUCUGAAUCCCAAUUCAGAGACGUGAUCGGAAAGAUUCAGGCAGAAAUCGAAAGACGCCAAAAUCAUAAAUUGAAAUCUACAGAGAGAGCAGCUGUCAUCAAGGAGAUUUAUACACCUCUACACCAACAUGUUUAUCAUCUUCAGGAAUCUUUCUUAGCCCCAGAGCUUUUAGAGAUGGUCAAAUAUUGUGCUUCAAGUGAAGCAAAUGUGCAAGGACUGUUGAAACUCAUCCAGACAGAGGCAGCUUCGAGAGUGUUUCGGUUCCAGGUGUUCCGAAAGGAAUUCUGCAAGGACCUUCUAGAAGAGCUGGAGCAUUUUGAACAGUCGGAUGCACCCAAGGGCAGGCCGAACACCAUGAACAAUUAUGGGAUUGUUCUGAAUGAGCUGGGCUUUGAUGAGGGCUUCAUCACUCCACUGAGGGAGGUGUAUCUGCGUCCACUCACUGCUCUGCUCUACAGUGACUGUGGAGGAAACUGUCUGGACAGUCACAAGGCUUUCGUGGUCAAGUACGAUAUGCAUGAAGACUUGAAUCUGAGCUAUCAUUACGACAAUUCUGAAGUCACUCUCAAUGUAUCACUUGGUAAAGACUUCACCGAGGGGAACCUGUUCUUCGGAGACAUGAGACAGGUGCCUCUAAGUGAGACUGAGUGUGUGGAAGUGGAGCAUCGCGUUACUGAAGGUCUGCUUCACAGAGGCCAGCACAUGCAUGGAGCUUUGUCCAUCUCCUCAGGUACUCGCUGGAACCUGAUUAUAUGGAUGCGAGCUUCACGCCAGAGGAAUAAACUCUGCCCAAUGUGUGGUAAGAGACCCACUCUUGUGGAGAGUGACGGAUUCAGUGACGGUUUCACCAUGGACUCCGACGGUGAUGCUAGAGCCAAUGUGUCAUGUUCUUUAACAUGAUGUUAUUUUUAAGAUUUUUGAGGUCAAAAUCAAGAUAGACUCUAAGAGUUUGGUAGAGUGUUCCUUUUUCAAAAUGAGUGCCAACAGUGUAUGUAUGUAUGUAUAUAUGUAUAUGUGUGUGUAUAUAUAUAUAUAUAUAUAUAUAUAUAUAUAUAUAUAUAUAUAUCUAUAUAUAUAUAUAUAUAUAUAUAUAUAUAUAUAUAUAUAGGGAAGAAUAAUUAAAUAAUUUAAUUUUCUUAUGAUUGUAAAUGUAGUAAAAUGAUUGAUUGUUGCUAUUUAUGUUAGUCAAUGUCUUCGGAUGAAAUAAUAUAUACAAGCAAUUUGAGAUAUACAAUAAAACAUGAUUAUUUAAAAACAAA